GCUCUCCGGAAGCCUUAAGCCUGCAGGCUGGCUGACCCCAGGCGUGGCCUCCCCGGGGGCCGACAGACCGGUGCCCCGGCCGGUCGCACAGACCCGCGCCCACUCCCGGGGGGACGGGGCCCCGGGUGCGCGGCUUGGGCGGCACACACACACGGGGGGCUUGGCCGGCCCCGGAACUGCAGACGCCCCUGCGGCCCUGCCCGCCGGCUGCGCGGCCCCCACCCGGCCCCAGGCCCUGGGUCCCUGGGGUCGCCUCCCUCCCAGGCCGGGCUGCAGCCUGAGGUGACCGCGCCGGGCCUGGCGGGGCAGUGCGGCCACACCUCUCCUGUGCAGGAGCCCCCAGCCUCGCCAUGGACCCCGAGUGCGCCCUGCUCCUGCCCGGCCUCUGUGCGGUCCUGGCGGACCCCGGGCGGCCGGUGGCCGACGACACCUGUCUGGAGAAGCUGCUGGACUGGUUUCAGACGGUGACCGAGACGGGGUCCAGCCUGCAGCUGCUGCAGGACAACCCCUGCCUGGUGGAGCUGCUGUCCCACGCGCUGGGCACCCAGGACGCCCCUGCCGGGCUCCUCUCCUUCGCCCUCCGCCUCGCAGGGAUAUUUGGUGCUCAGGAGAGCGGCUUCCAGUACCUCCAGCAGGGGGAGUUGCUCCCCGGGCUCUUCGGGGAGGCCGGGCCCCUCGGCCGAGCUGCCUGGACCGUCCCCAGUGUGCGCAGCGGCUGGGUCCAGGGCCUGCGCUCCCUGGCGCAGCACCCCAGCGCCCUGCACUUCCUGGCCAACCAUGGUGUGCUGGACGCCAUCUUCUCCCUUCAGCAAGACCCCAGCCUGUUUGUGGCCUCGGCCGCCAGUCAGCUCCUGGCACACGUGCUGGCCUUGUCCAUGCAGGGCGCAGCCGGGAGCCCCCCCGCCCCCCAGGACGGGGCCUGGCCCACGUGCGCCCAGAGGAUCGUGGGCCACAUGGAGGAGUCCCUGUGCUCCACGGCCGCCCCACAGGUCACUCAGGCCCUGAACGUCCUGACCUCCACGCUGGGGCGCUGUCACGGCCGCUGGACCAAGGCCCUGUGGGCGCAGCUGAGCCCCUUCGUGGCCCGUCUGCUGGAGAGAGAGCCCGUGCCGGCUGCCCACUCGCUUGUGGAUCUCCUGCUCAGCGUGGCCCGUUCCCCGGCGUUCAGUUCGGCGGACAGCGGCCCGUGGGACAUGGCGGCCCGGACACUGAGCUGCCUGGGCCCCUUGCAAGCUGGGCCUCUGGCCUUGGGGCUCCUGAAACUGCAGCAUUGCCCACAGACCCUGAGGACCCAGGCCUUCGGGGUCCUCCUCCAGCCCCUGGCCUGUGUCCUGAAAGCCAGCGCACAGGCCCCAGGAGCCGCAGGCCUGCUGGACGGAGCCCCAGGCAGCUCCAUGACGGUGGACUCGCUGCUGUCCUCCAAGUCGGCCUGCGUGGGGCUCCUGUGCCAGACCCUGGCCCACCUGGAGGAGCUGCAGCCACUGCCGCAGCGCCCCUCGCCCUGGCCCCAGGAGGCCCUGCUGGGAGCGGCGGUGACCAUGUUGCGGCUCUGCGGGGGCGGUGCCGCCCCGGCCUCCAGCCUGGGAGGCCGCCUCUGCCGGACCCUGGCAGGCUGCGUGCGUGUCCAGCGCGCUGCCCUCGACUUCCUGGGGACGCUGUCGCAGGGGGCAGGCCCCCAGGAUUCUGUGACGCAGGUGUUUGCUGCCCUCCUGGAGUGCCUGGAGAGCCCCGACUCCAGCCCCACGGUCCUGAAGAAGGCCUUCCAGGCCACGCUCAGGUGGCUCCCGGGCCCGCCCAAGCCCCCCAGCUGCUGCGCUCUCAGCCCCCACACCCUGCUGUUCCUCCAGGAGCUGCUCCCUGUGCUGCAGAAGCGUCUGUGCAGCCCCUGCUGGGAGGUGCGGGACUCGGCCCUGGAGUUCCUGACCCAGCUGGGCCGGUGCUGGGCAGAGCAGGCUGACUUCAGGCGCGCGCUCCUGGCCUCGGAGGUGCCCCAGCUCGCCCGGCAGCUCCUCCAAGACCCCGAGAGCUAUGUCCGAGCCAGCGCGGUGACCGCCGUGGGACAGCUGUCCAGCUGGGGCCUGCAGCCGGCCUCCACCAGCCUGCAGCACCCAGGGGCCCAGCAGGGCCUGCUGGACGAGCUCCUGCACAUCCUGAGCACGGACUCGGAGGGCUUCCCGCGGCGGGCUGUCACGCAGGUCCUCACCGAGUGGCUGAGGGCUGGCCAUGCCGACGUGGCUCAGGACGCGGAGCAGUUCGUGGCCACGGUGCUCCAGGUGGUGAGCCGGGACCUGGACUGGGAGGUCCGGGCGCAGGGUCUGGAGCUGGCACGGGUGUUCCUGGCGCAGAUGCUGGGGCAGCCCGGCGCCGGCUGUCCCUAUGCCGUGGGCCUGCCCGUGGCCUCGUCCCCCAGCACACUCCUCGCCGCCCUGCACGCGCUGGGCCGGGUGCGGCUCCUGGACUUCGCGCUCUGUGCCUUGCUUGACUGUGACCGGCCCGUGGCCCAGAAGGCCUGUGACCUGCUCCUCUCCCUGAGGGCCGAGCUUGCCCGCCGCGGGGGCCUGUGGGAGGCUGGGGGCAGCCCCGACCCGGUGGCCGUGGAGGCAGCCCUGCGGGGCUGGCGGGCCGGCGAGCAGGGCCAGCCGCUGGGGGAGCUGGCGCCCGCGGCCGCGCUGGCUGUCCUAGACGCCGUGGACCUGGAGGGCUUUCGGGGCAGGCUGGCCGAGAGCAGCGACCGCGUGGAGCGCAGCCCCCAGUCCCUCCUGCAGGACGUGCUGGCUGCCGCGGGCGUGCGGGGGAACCAGGCCGACUGCUACUGACCGCCGCCGAGCCGGGCCACGCAGGGGCCGGCCUGAGACCGCCGCCUUCUGAUGUCGCCGACCACACGCCUCAGGGCUCUGGCUGCUGCCCCCGGCUCACUGUGUGUUUACACCGGUGCCGUGGCAUCCACGGCGGGCCCUCGGGUGCCCCGGCUUCAGACUUGAUUUGGCGCAUCAAGAUCUCCCGUGGCUCUGCCACGUUUAGGAUUCU